AUGCGGGGUGGGGUGCUGCACCUCCUGCACCCCCAGGGCGCUCAGCACCUCGCCCGCCUCGCCCGCCGCCACGGGCCCGUCCUGCGCAUGCGCCUGGGGGGGCGGGACCUGCUGGUGCUGAGCUCGGCCGGGACCAUUCGGGAGGCGCUGGCCCGAAACUGGGGGGCUUGGAUGGGACGGCCCCCCAGUUACCUGGGGUCGCUGGUGUCGCGGGGGGGCCGGGACCUGGCGCUGGGCCCCCCCUCCCCGGGCUGGCGGCGGCAGCGGGGGGCGGUGCGGGGGGCGCUGGCACGAGCGGGGGGGCGGCUGCGGGGGGUGCUGGGGCGGCAGGCGGGGGAGCUGUGCCAGGAGCUGCGUUCCCACGGGGGGGCCCCCCUGGACCCCUUUGAGGUUUUCACCUUCCACACCUGCAGCACCAUCGGUCACCUGCUCUUUGGGGACAUGGCGCCCCCCCCCGCGGAGCUGCGGGGCUUCUCGCAGUGCGUGUCGGAGCUGCUGGAGCUGUGGGGCAGGGCGGGGGUGCGGGUGCUGGACCUGCUGCCCCCCCUGAGGGUCCUGCCCAACCCGGGGCUGCGGCGCCUCCUGCUCCUGGUCCAGCGCAGGGACACGUUCCUGGAGCGGCAGCUGCGGCGGCACCAGGAGUGUCCCUCCCCCCCUGGGGACACGGUUCUGGGGGCACUGCUGGGGAGGGACCCCAGCGUCCGGGGGGCCCCCCUCAGCCCCCCCCGCCUGCACAUGGCCCUGGUUGACCUGUUCAUCGGCGGCACCGAGACCACGGCCACGGCGCUGGCCUGGGCCACCGCCUUCCUGCUGCACCGCCCCGAGCUCCAGGAGCAGCUGCGGCAGGAGCUCUGGCGUGAGUUGGGUCCUGGUGGGACCCCCGAGGUCGGGGACACGGGGCGCCUGCCCCUGCUCCAGGCCACCAUCGCCGAGACCCUGCGCCUGCGGCCCCCGGUGCCCCUGGCCCUGCCCCACUGCGCCCUCCGCCACACCAGUGUCCAGGACCUCCCCGUGGCGCCCGGUUCCAUCCUGGUCCCCAACCUCCUGGCUGCCCACACGGACCCCGACAUCUGGCACCACCCUCAGGCCUUCCUGCCUGAGCGGUUCCUGCCCCCCCCGGCCCCCCCCCGCUCCCUCCUGCCCUUCGGCUGCGGCGCCCGCUCCUGCCUGGGGGAGGCGCUGGCGCGCGCGGAGCUGCUGCUGUUCCUGGCGCGGAUCCUGCGGGAAUUCCGGCUGGAGCCCCCGCGCCCCGGGGCGCUGCCCCGCCUGGGGGGGGGCUCGGGCACCAUCUUGCGCUGCCCCCCCUUCCGCGUGCGGCUCGUGCCCUGCAGCCCCCCGGCCUAA